UCGGCAGGUUGGAAAGAUGGCGGCUCACACGAAGAAAGCUUUCGAAGUGUUUGUCUCUAAAAUACCAUGGACCACGGCAAGCCAGGAGCUGAAGGAGUAUUUUGGACAGUUUGGACAAGUGAAGAAAUGUCUUUUACCUUUUGAUAAAGAGACUGGCUUUCACAGGGGCUUCUGCUGGAUUGGGUACACCACUGAAGAAGGUCUUCAAAAUGCACUGCAGAAGGACCCACAUAUUAUAGAAGGAUCAAAGCUCCAGGUGCAAAAGAACAGAAGAGUAUUUGUGGGACGGAGGAUAAACAGAGAUGCUGGUGACUCAAGCUGAAAAAAUUGUUUAUGUACACCAUGUUACUAAUGUAUAAUUUUAAUAAAGUUUACAUUGGCAUUGUUUCCCCA